AUGUCUGCCGAAGCUGCCUCUGGCUCCCCGCCUUCGCUUGAGAAGCUUUCGAUCGAUGACAAGUCAUCCGCUCCUACCAACGGACUGCCCAACGGUAUCGACACUAGCGUUGGUGGACCACAGUCUCCAAGCGAUCAAGAUGCCCUCCAAACUCCAAGCUCUGCAGCUCCAGGCGGAGCUAACCAGCCUCACUCUGCGUCACUCUACGUUGGUGAGCUAGACCCCAACGUGACCGAGGCUAUGCUCUUCGAGCUCUUCUCUUCUAUCGGUCAAGUUGCUUCAAUCCGUGUUUGUCGCGACGCUGUGACUCGUCGCUCACUCGGUUAUGCUUACGUCAACUACAACAACACUGCGGACGGCGAGCGCGCCAUGGAGGAGCUGAACUACACUGUCAUCAAGGGGCGUCCUUGUCGUAUCAUGUGGUCCCAGCGCGAUCCUGCUCUGCGCAAGACUGGUCAAGGGAACGUCUUCAUCAAAAACUUGGAUACUGCCAUCGACAACAAAGCCUUGCAUGACACUUUUGCAUCUUUUGGUAACAUUCUCAGCUGCAAAGUUGCUCAGGAUGAGUUUGGGAAUUCCAAGGGCUAUGGAUUCGUUCAUUACGAGACUGGAGAGGGAGCAACAAACGCCAUCAAGUCCGUAAACGGUAUGUUGCUGAACGAGAAGAAAGUGUUCGUGGGAUACCACAUUCCGAGGAAGGACCGCGACAGCAAGUUCGAUGAGAUGAAAGCGAACUUUACCAACAUCUAUGUGAAGAACAUUGAGCCUGAGGUGACAGACGAAGACUUUCGAGCACUCUUUGAACAAUAUGGAGACGUCACGUCAGCUUCCAUUGCUCGAGACUCGGAAACGGGCAAGAGCCGUGGAUUUGGUUUUGUCAACUACAUCAAUCACGAAAAUGCGGCCACUGCCGUGGACGAGCUGCACAACAAAGACUUUAAAGGCCAAGUCCUCUACGUCGGUCGUGCACAGAAGAAAUCUGAGCGUGAGGAAGAGCUUCGUAAGCAGCACGAGGCGGCCCGUGUCGAGAAGGCGUCCAAGUAUACAGGCGUGAAUUUAUAUGUCAAAAACCUGGACGAUGAUAUCGAUGACGAGAAGCUCCGGGAGAUCUUUGCAGGUGCUGGAACGGUCACUUCUGCGAAAGUCAUGCGAGACUCUGGGCCUGAUAGGACCGAUUCUCCAGACAGUGAGAAGGGCAAAGAGAACAAGAAAGAGUCCACGAAAGAGGCUGAAGAGGAGGAUGGCGGAAAGAAAGAUGACGAGAAAGAAGAUAGCGAGAAGGACACCGCCAAAUCCACCAAGCGCCCACUCGGCAAGAGUAAGGGAUUUGGUUUCGUCUGCUUCAGCAAUGCCGACGAAGCUACGAAAGCCGUUACCGACUUCCAUCAGAAGAUGGUGAAUGGAAAGCCACUGUACGUUGCAGUGGCUAUGCGCAAGGAAGUCCGCAAGACGCAAUUGGAACAGAGCAUUCAAGCACGUAACGCUGUUCGCAUGCAGCAAGCUGCCGCUGCCGCGGGAAUGCCAAAUCAACAAUUCAUCCAGCCUGCGAUGUUCUACGGCCCCGGCCAGCAGCCUGGCAUUGUAGCGCCCAACGUUGGGCGCGGUGGAAUGCCUUUCGGACCCCAGCAAGGCAUGAUGCUUCCGGGCAUGCCGAGUGGUCGUGGUGGCCAAUUUUCUGGCAUGCAGCCUCAACAAGGUGGCCGUGGUGCUAUGAAUCAACAGCAAAUGCCACCUCAAGCCUUCGGUAUGCCUGGACAGGUGCCGUUCGGUGCCAUGCCUCAAGGUGGUCCUGGCGGUUUCCCCACCGGUCUAGCGUAUCCUCAGGCUCUAGCACAAGUACAAGCGCAACUAGGUCGCGGUGGGCAAGGUGGUCGCGGGCAGAUGCAAGGUAUGCAGGGUCUCCAGGGAAUGCCGCAACAGAUGAUGGGUCUUCAAGGUAUGCGCGGUAGAGAUGGCCGUCCCCAACAGUUCCCCAGCCAGUCAGGUCGUGGCGGCAUGGGCAUGAACAUGGGUAUACAGCCAGGUCAGAUGGGUGGAUUCCCACAGCAGGGACGUGGAGCUAUGGGAUUCGGAGCUGGCCAACAAGGUAUGCCACAGGCAUCUGGAGCUGGAGCACCGUCUGCCACUCUCGAAGCUCUUGCCGCGGCACCGCCAAACCAACAAAAGCAACUACUUGGCGAAGCAAUCUACCCCAAGAUCCAAGUCCUGCAGCCAGAUCUGGCUGGCAAGAUAACUGGCAUGCUACUGGAAAUGGACAACCCAGAAUUGAUGUCUUUGAUUGACGAUAACGACAAGUUGCGCGAGAAAGUCGAUGAGGCACUUGCAGUCUUCAACGAUUACGUCAAGACUCAAAAUCCCGAUGGUGUCACAACACAAGAGGGCGUCUCUUCAGAACAACAACCUAAUGGCGAAGAAGAAGAGACGAAGGCAUAG